AUGCAAAAGAGGCCGGCGCGUGUUCAGAAUAUAACCUCGAAAGAAUACUUGACAAAUAGUAACGACAAUGACAAAAUCAUUAACGAGAAGAGAAUGGACAACGAGAAAAGAAUGGACAACGAGAAAAGAAUUGAGAACGAGAAGAGAAUUGACAACGAGAAAAGAAUUGAGAACGAGAAGAGAAUUGACAACGACAAUAACAUUAACAACGACAAUUCGGGAGAGUGGCACAUUCUAAGCUAG